UACUUCUAAGUCCAUGAUGCAUAGGAAUAAUUGUAAGUUGUAAAUGGUGCAUAGGUGUAGUUAGGCUACGAACAGAAUGGCCGUCAAAGAGUCGUAUGAUACCUGAAUGAUACCCUGAAAAAUGGUAAAACGUUGAUUUCUUCAAUAAGUAGGUCAGACUUUUAUUCAAUUAAUUAUUCCAACAUCUUUCUUCAUGGGUAAAUAAGCUAUCCCAAGUUCCCAACAUUGUAUUGUGCAUUACACGAUGACAUUGUGCCUUCAGUUCUUGUUUGUUGGGGAAUAGGUUCCAAUCCUAAGUUAUUCUUUUUCGGUUUUCAUUUCUCUUUUCCCUUUUAUGAAUGGUUGAGAAAAGUUUUUUGCACCUUAAAUUGAGUAGGCGCAAAACCCCUUGUUCAAGUCUUUGUAAAUUUGCCUAUAUAUUGUUUAGCAAUAAUAUGUCGAAAUUGACAAUUAAUCUAAAAUAUAGGUCAUACUAUGGACCUCAACCUUAAUGAGCUUCGUAGUCCUGACUUGGGGCCCAGAGAUGGGUCGAUUCUACGUUUACAACAGCAGCACCGCUCUCGAGAAGUUUGGGAAGCUGAUGCAAGUGACAUUUGGAUAAUGUACGUACUUCAUAAACUUUAGUGUAAAUUUGUCAAUCUAACCCAUGAAUUACCAAUUUAUUUUAGCGCACGCAGCCUGUGGAUUCAAAAAAAGUCAGAGUUCGUAGUGCCAAGAAAAGUAUACGAGCAUUGCCAUGGCCGUCAUCCCCUAUUUUAAAGUUGAUACGGCAUGCCCGUUGAGAGGGCCUUUGUUCAUUGCCGUUUGUGUCCAUGGAUUGGGGUCUCAUUACGGCACUUUUGGAGCGAUGGCGGCCUGAGACACACACGUUCCACUUGCAGCCUGGUGAGUCCACAAUCAUGCUAUAAGAUGUUGAGGUAUUGUUAGGCAUUCCAGUUGAAGGUAAACCUGUGACUGGAAAUACAAACUUGAAGCCUCAUGAUUUGUGUAAGUGUCUAUUGGGGGAACAACCUACAGAAGAGUCGGACAUAAACGGGAUGAAGGUCAAGGCCAGCUAGUUAAGUGAUAGGUUCACUGGCCAAGUAAAGGAAGGGGCUGACCCAGAGGUUGUUACGCGCCAAGCGCGCGGCUACUUGUUGUUGCUUAUGGGGGAAACUAUAUUUGUUGACCAUUCAGGAGGAUAUGUGCACUUGGCUAACCUAGAACGUUUGGAGAACUUUGAUGAAGCUGGGACGUAUAGUUGGGGCAGUGGUGCUCUUGCCAAUCUCUACCAUAACCUAUGCCAUGGUUGUAAGGUUGGCACAAAACAGAUUACUGGCUGCUUCAUACUGUUGCAGGUUUGGGCUUGGGAGCGGUUGCCCUACCUUGCCCCAGGACGAUUAGGGAAGCGUGCUCCGAAGGCUGGUGCUCCACUUAUUGGAUGGUGGGACGAUGCAUUUCAUUCCCUUGACUUGCCGACCCAUCUUGCAGGCGCUUACAGGUACCACCUUGACAUCCAGAGACCAGAUAAGAUACGUACGCAAGUUUGCUUCAAUACCUCUACUCUUGAACUAUUUUCAUGACCAUCUGUCUCCCUUCUUUACAAAACAUGUUGAUUGCAUUGAACUACUUAAAAAUUAAUACCUUUACUCUUUAAUUGUUUUCAUGACCAUUUUUCUCCCUUCUUUACAAAACAUGUUGAUUGCAUUGAACUGCUUCGAUGAAUUUUUUGAACAUAUAUUUUUGCAGGUCAUUUGG